GCUUCCCCAUGGGCUGGUGGGCUAGUUGGUCAUCACUGCGCGUCCGCCGAUCUUCUCGCCGUUUCUUGCUUCCCCUCACCUCAUCGUUUUAUUUUUUUCUCGCUUGUUUGAUUUUUCAAAAAGAGUUUUCUCCUCUUCUUUAGCUUCUUUACAUGGUUUUAGCCAAAACUCGGUUUAAUCGACUAUUAUUUCUAUCCCAGCGCAGCCCUUUCACAACGACAUCGACAAUGACAAUUGCAACAGCGACAGCUCACUUUGCCACACGCAUCCUUCCGGCCCAUGACGUGGAGCUGACGUUCAGCAGCACGCUGGACGACGGCGCAUUUUUGGCGACAGGCAGCGACACGCAGUGGAUCGCCGAGUGUUGCAAGGAGCUGCGGCGCAAUCGGUGCGUCGGGCUACCGACUGAGACGGUCUAUGGGCUGGCAGCCAACGCGCUCGACGCUGAGGCCGUUUCGGCCAUCUACGCGGCUAAAGCCCGGCCGUCAGACAACCCUCUGAUUGUGCACGUGUCGUCGAUGCGCAUGCUUCGUGCGCUUUACUACCUUCCGCCAGCGAGCUCCGGCACCACACCGCCAUUCCUCGGCACUGCUAAUGCCGGACCGGAGGGCGCAGGCGCGGGCUUGGCCGAGCCGGUUGCAGUGGCCAGCGCGAUGGCCGACGCCGAGACGCGCGAUCGCGAGCAGGGCGGCGACGGGGUGUGGCCAGAGAUUCCGCGCGCCUACCACGCCGUCAUCCGGCGCUUCUGGCCGGGGCCGCUGACACUGGUGCUGCCGCGCCCCGCCUGCGUGCCGCUGGCUGUGCUAGGCGGCCACGGCGACACUGUUGCCUUUCGCUUCCCGGCUCACCCCGUGGCGCGCGCGGCCAUCUCGGCCUGCGGGCUGCCGCUGGCAGCGCCCAGCGCCAAUGCGUCGGGUCGCCCGUCACCAACCGCCGCUGCGCACGUCAUGCACGACCUCAAUGGCCGGCUGCCGCUCAUUGUUGACGCCGGCGCGUGUGAUGUCGGGGUCGAGAGCACCGUGCUGGACGCGUACUCGGCCACGGCACACGUCGACGGCGAGCUCGCGCCCUGCAUACUGCGCCCUGGAGGAGUCACAUACGAGGACCUGCGCGCGCUAGGCGGCGUGUGGCAGCGGCUGCGCGUCUACCGUCGCGACUUUACGUCGGCCGCGCUGGAGCUGGCGCCGACGACGCCCGGCAUGAAGUACCGCCACUACGCACCCACCGCACCUGUCCACGUCUUUGUGCCCGGCCCGCAGUCGGAGGCCAUCAGUGCGCGCAUGCAGGCACAGAUCGACACGCUGGCACUGAAGGGCGUGCGCAAGGUCGGAGUUGUUGCUGUCGCUGUUGCUGCUGCUGGCGAUGACGUGCCGGCGCCUGCGUUUGUUGCGCCUGCUGGGUGCGAGCUGACAGUGCACUGCGUCGGCGGGGCGCGUGAACUGGCCCACAGUAUCUUUGCGCUGCUGCGCGAGCUGGACGAGAUCGAACACGUGGAGGCGAUUCUUGUGCAGGGCGUUGUUGACGCCAACGAGGGCCUCGCUGUGAUGAAUCGCCUGACAAAGGCUGCGUCCCAUCACGUGCUGUGCUAGCCUUGCCUUUUUAUUUGAAAUUUUUUUCUGUCGCUUGGCUCCAAGUGUGCGAGGAAUAAAAAACUUGACUCGAGCAAAUGGUUGAUAAGGAAUGCAAAUUAAUGCAGUAUUUACUGUAUUUUCUUUUAAAUAAAAGUAUCGAUGUUUGUUCAAAUAUGUUUUUUAGGGGAGACGGUUGG